UAGUUACAUAUUCCUACUUAAUCAGUUUAAACUAAGCUCUUCAAUAUAGGAAUGUUUUAAAUCAAUAUAAUAUAAUGGUCUAAUUUAAGUUUUUUAACAGUGUCACACACAAAGUAGAUCAUUUUUUUUUAAUUUUAAUUAUUAGUAAAAUUUUGUAUGUCAUGUGUAAUUUAAGCAAAAAAUACAUUUAUAUCAUAUUGUUAGUCGUGACGGGCUACUUAUGUAAGACACCAUCAUCAAAUAAGCUUAAAUUCGUUUUUAUUCUAAUGCGAAGUGUAAAUCGGGCACCUUUAAAUUACUAUGAAAAUAUCUCAAGUAACAUUGAAAAUUGGCCAAACGGUUUAGGAGAAUUAACAAAUGAAGGUAUAAUAAAUGCGUAUCGAGCAGGCAAACUCCUUAGAGAGAGGUAUCGACAUUUUUUGAAUCCUUCCGAAAGAUACAGUCCAAGUGAAAUUGAUGUAUCUUCAUCCGAAGUGGAUCGGUGUUACCAAACAGCAGGUUAUCUGUUAGCAGGCAUGUAUCCACCUGACGAACAACAAGUUUGGAACCCAGAACUGUUAUGGCAACCUGUACCUAUUAAAACAAGUCUUUCCAAGGAUUACCAUAUGUUUGGUGAUAAUGCACUGUAUUGUCCUAAAUAUUGGAUUGAAUUACAUGAAGCUUCCGAGGAUUUCAUUAAAACUGAGAAGAUUAAGAACUUUAUAAACUAUUUGCGAAAUAAUACAUUCAAAACAUUGAAAACUAUAAAUGAUGCGUUGGCAAUAUGUGAUGUUAUUUGGACUGAUUACAUGUCAAAAAAUUCAAUUCCAGAUUGGGCAUUAAAGCGGUUUGAUGAUAUUGAAAAAUUUAUGUUACAUAGCAUGUUAAUUUUAAAUAGUAAUUCUGAUCAAAUGAAACGAUUAUUCUCUGGAGAUUUAGUGGGUGAUAUUAUUAAUCGUAUGGAAGCAAUUAUAAAUAAAUCACUAAAUGCAAAAAAAAUGUAUUUACAUGUUGGUCAUGAUUCAACUAUAGUGCCUUUUUUUAAUACAUUAAAUGUAUCUGAAAUUGAAUAUCCCCAAUUUGGGGCUACAGUUCUCAUAGAAUUGUAUUUAACUCCUUUAAAUAAAACUUUAAUCAAGUUAUUAUACAACAAAAACUAUGAAUGGAAAGAAUCAAACAUUAAAUUAAUUGAAUUACCUGGUUGUCCUUUGCCAUGUGGACUAGAAAAUUGGCGCACACUCACGCAAAAAUUUAUACCACAAAACUUAAAUGAAGAAUGUAAAAACUCUUAAAUAAAAAAAGGGAAAAAUGA